AUGUCUUAUUCUACCGACUUUGAAACUACGCCAGACUCACAAUACUUAGUUAGUUUAGAGAGUCGGCGCCGUGACGAAACAGAAUUCAGUGAGGAAGACAUACCUGCGGAGUAUGAAUGUGAACCGGAGCAAGAAGAAACGGACAACAAGAGCUCUGAAGAUGAGCAGAACAGUAGUAGCAAUAUAGCACUCCCAGGACUGCCAGAGUUUGAGCUGAUGCAAAAUACUCGUGGACUUAGUAAAAGUCAUGUAACAUUACCAUCUGAUUUACAAUUAGGUUCCAUUAAGUCGCUUACACUUUUUGAGUUAUUUUUUUCUAAUACAUUACUACAGACAAUAGUUGAGAAUACUAAUAACUAUGAACAAAUAAAGGGCAGUGAAGGUGGCCGCUCGUGGAAACCUUUAACAUUAAAUGAGUUAAAAAUAUGGUUUGCAUUAUACAUGUCAUUGUUUCGGUUUCAACAAAUAAAGAGAUUUCUUCAUAUUUCUUCUAUAAAUGAACCACAUUUAUAUUGGUAUUCGAAAGUGGAACCAUUAGCAUCACAUAUUCGGGAAAUGAGCAAAAAAUUAUAUGUACCUUGUUCACAAGUUUCUGUAGAUGAGAUGAUCGCUCGGUUUUCUGGCCGUAGUGCACACACAGUAAGGAUGAAGAAUAAACCAACACCUGAGGGUUAUAAAAUUCUUUCACUCUGUGAUGCUGGAUAUAUAUAUACAUUUAUUUUUACUUCACGGGUUGAAAAGAAUACAGAUAUAGAACCUGUUGUUGGACUUAAUGAGACAGGACGUUUAGUAUGGCAUUUGGUGAAACAACUUCCUCAUACCAAAACUUUUCAU